AUGCCUUCAGUCAAACGUGUACACCUCGAUGAUCAAAAUGCAUCCGAUAGCAGCAUCGUGGGCGGAAGUCCAAGUGCCCGCAGCAGGCUGCUGAAGCCUUUGUUGUACACCGGUUCGCUCGAUAGCUUUAAAAACCAGGAUCUUACUCCGGUGAUUGGCAGAGAAUAUGAAGGUCUUCAGGUGACAGACCUGUUAACAUGGGGAGACGACAUGAUCAGGGACCUCGCAGUCACAAUUUCACAACGUGGAGUCGUUUUCCUUCGGGAUCAACAGGUAACCCCACAACAGAUGAAGGAAUUGAUGCUACGCAUAACGGAAUUGUCUGGAUGCCCUGAGUCUUCGGGUCUCCAUGUACAUCCUCUCACUGAGGAAGGCUCUGAACUUGGAGACCAAAUUUCCGUUAUAAGUAGCGAGAAGCAGAAGAAAGGUGGCGGUCUGACACACCAACUGUCCGAUGUAAGUCGUUUUGCAUCCGCUGGAUGGCAUGCCGAUAUUACCUUUGAGCCUGUCCCGUCGGACUAUGCUAUGUUGAAGAUUCAUACUCUACCUGCAACAGGAGGCGACACUCUAUGGGCCUCCGGCUACGAGAUCUACGAUCGUUUGUCGCCAGCCAUGCAGCAGUUCCUGGAGGGAUUGACAGCGACGCACGAUGCCAAAUUUUUCUUGAAUGAGGCCGAAAGAUUAGGAAAUCCGAUCAGAAAGGGCAUCAGAGGAAAUCCGCUCAAUUUCGGCGAAGCCUUGACGGCUGUCCAUCCAGUUGUCCGAACAAACCCUGUUACAGGGUGGAAGUCAGUGUACGUGAACAAAGGCUUCACCAAACGAAUUAAUGGUGUUACCAAAGACGAAUCAGACUUACUCCUUGGUUAUCUUUUUAACAUCGUUACCCAAAAUCACGAUGCACAGGUGAGAUUCAAGUGGCGCGCGAACGACUUGGCCAUCUGGGACAACCGAAGCAUGUGGCACUGCGCUACCUACGACUAUCAUGAUCCGAGAGCAGGUGAUCGUGUGUGCAGCUUGGGAGAGGCACCAUACCUAGACUUGAAGAGCAAAGGUCGAAGGGAAGCCCUUGGUCUGAUGUAG